AUGACGGAAAGUAAAGGAGGAGAGAGUGCGAAGCCAGCAAAAGAGCUGCUAUCAUUGAAUCCUGAGCAGGAGCACGCUUUCAAAAAGAAAGUACAGACGGUGAAAAAGUCCAAAAAGGACAACCGCUUGACACCUGGUGUGAUUUAUGUCGGCCAUUUGCCUCGUAGGCUCUGUGAGCCAGACCUCAAAGCCUACUUCGAACAGUUUGGCACGGUCUCACGUCUACGACUAUCCAGGAGUAAAAAGACAGGAGGAAGCAAAGGUUACGCGUUUGUUGAGUUCGAGUGUGAUGAAGUCGCCAAGAUCGUCGCAGAGACCAUGAACAAUUACUUGAUGGGAGAAAAACUAAUUCAAUGUCACACAGUUCCACCGGAAAAACAGCAUGAAAAGAUGUUUGUUGGCUGCAACAGGACCUUUAGAAAACCUUCCAAGCGUGCCGUUUUCCGCUACAACAUGGAGCGCUCAAGUAAGCAAGUCACUAAGAUGACCAACAAACUCCUGAACAGGGAAGAGAAGCUCCGCAAAAGGCUUGCAGCAAAAGGCAUUGACUACGACUUUCCAGGAUUUGUGAGUGCUGCCCAUGUAUCCCGAAAGAAGAAGUGUGAUUCCUUGAAUGAGUCUACCUGUAGUGAUGACACCACACCAAUGUGCACCCCUUCCUUCAUGGAGAGGAGAAAGUCCACGGUUAAUGAUGACGAUGCAGAUGAUGAGAUUAUCAUCAAGAUGCCAUCUGUGGAGAAAGAUGAGUGCAGUUCAUCAGAGGAGGAAGAAGAUGACGAAGAGGAGGAGGAAGAGAAAAGUGAUUUGGAGGAUGAAGAACAAUGCAAAGCUGAUUAG